CUCAUGUAGGGGUCGAGUGUGAUUACCUGUCACAUUUUCAUCACUUUCGGGGAGUUUAUUGUGUACCUUAUUUGCUAUCGUGAGCCAUGUUCACAAGCAUAGCUCUCCGGGCGGCUCUGAAGUCUUCAGCCGGCGUCCUGCGGGAGAGCGGCGCUCUGUGCUCCGCUGUGUCGGUGAAGACAUGCAGCUCGGCUUUCUUAUCAGGACCGAGAGUCAGCUGCGUUGCAGGAAGUUUUGCUGCUCAACCGCCGGUGAGACAUUAUGCUCGGGCUGCAAAGAAAAAGAAGACAGUUCCUGAGAGCCAGCUCAGUGAUCUUCCUCCAACAAUGCUGAAGAUGGAUUAUGCAGCUGUACCCCUCGCUCAAACGACUGAUGAUAUUGUCAAAAGACUUCUUUCGUUAGAGUUGGGGUGCCAUAGCGACAAGCUACAGUUGAAACAGGAACAGAUGAUUGCAAAAGUUCAGAGGGACGAGAAUGACCGCAACUCAGUGGAAGUCAAGGUGGCUAUUUUGACAACAAGAAUCCGAAACUUUCAGGAGCAUUUGCAAAAACAUCGCAAGGACAAAGCUAAUAAGAGACGGAUGCUCAUGGCAAUUGACAAAAGGAAAAAGCUUUUAAAACACUUAAGGCUGGUUCGCUAUGAUGCCUUCGAGAAGGUGUGCGAGCAGCUGGGCAUCACCUACACCUUCCCUCCAGAAUACUACAGAAGAGCCACCCGUCGCUGGCUGGCCAAGAAGGCCUUUUGCAUUAAGGUCUUUAAGGAAGUGCAGAAACAGAAAGCAGAGCAGAGGCUGAAGAUGAGGAAAAACUCACCCGCCGCAGAGACCAAAGCAGCACAGACAAAUGCUGCUGAGAGCCAGUAAAAGACAAUAUAGUGAAACACUUUGCUGAAUGCUUGUGCUGAACAGUGUCUUUACUUCCAUUCUUCUGACGUGAUAAUGUGUGUAUCUUUCAGGUUGAUGUCAGAAGUAUCAAUAAAUGUCAGAAUUUAAUGGAAAUAAAAUGUCUAUGAAAACGGUAUUGCAAUAAACUGAACAUAUAUUUGUGUUGUCAAAUAAAUGUGUGACCUAACAAUCAUAU